AUGAUCAACAAUGGUGUAUUAGUAUACAACGAUUCUAAACAAGUCAAGUUCCCCGCAUCAGUCACAUCACUCACUCUUGGACCAAAGUACAACAAGUUGAUCAACUCUGACACACUGCCACCAACUCUAACAACGUUAAUAUUCGAUCCAUUUUACCCAAGAGACAUCAUCCUGACCAACCUUCCCAAAUCACUCAAGACGUUGAUACUGCCCCACACACAGGCGCCAGUACUCAACAAAGAUUGUCUCCCGCCUGGGCUCACCACUCUCAAUCUUGGUGACGAGUUCGAAUGUGAACUGAUGCCCGGUUUCCUACCACAAACACUCACCUCUCUCAAUCUUGGUAGUGAGUUUGACCACGACCUUCAUCCACGCUCACUUCCUCCGUCGCUUAUGGAGCUCAAGAUUGGUCCAAACUUUGAAGGCGUGCUCGAGGGCAUGCUCCCGUCCACCCUCACCUCGCUGACAUUCGACCCCGAGUCGGUGUACGAUUAUGAGUUCCUUCCGGGAACUCUUCCAGCAGGACUCAAGACCUUGGUGCUGGGCAAUGAUUACAAUCAACCAUUCAUUGUGGGCUCCCUGCCUCCCUCCCUCACCUCACUAUCCUUUGUUGGCGAUAAUUACUACGAACAUCCAUUUGCACCUGGUGUCCUUCCCACAACCCUCACCAGCUUAAAGUUCUCCAAGUUCACUCAAGUUGUCAAGUCUGCUCCCUAUCCAACAUCGAUCACAAAGAUGCGCCUGGAAUGCAAUGACCUAUUCCCCUCAGUAGUGUUCCCCAGCUCAUUAACAAAGUUGUCACUUAUAAAUGAUUACUUUCUUUCGAAUGAAGAGGAGCCCGUGCCAUUCAUGCCCGAUUCAUCGCUCACUCGACUGAACUACAAUGGAUACCUUGGCGUUGGAUUGAUUCCAGACUCAGUCACAGACCUAAUGUUCGCCUAUGGCUUUACCGGAGCGAUCGAACCUGGCUACCUGCCCGAAUCAAUAACCAAACUUACCAUGAGCUAUACCUUCGAUAGUCAAAUCUUCAAGGGGUGCCUACCGUCAUCGAUCCACACACUCCUUAUUCGGGGUUUAUUCAAUCGUGACAUCGAGACUGGAGCACUACCGUCAUCUCUUACCUGGUUGGAGAUGGGAGACAUGUUUGAAUUUGAUUUCUUACCUGGUCAACUGCCCGACUCACUCACUUACAUGAAGCUUGGCAAUCAAUAUACUUUUGGCUUCACAGAUGGCGUGCUACCACCAUCACUUACCACUUUGAUACUGGGUGGCACGCCAAAGGAUGAUAUCGUGUUCCCAAGGAAGCUCACCAAUCUCUCGAUACCAUCAAUUCUUCAACUCCAACAUGUCAAGUGCCCUGUGGAUCAUCUCACGUUGGCAUCAGUGACGCUGACCGCCAAGGUGUCGACGAUUCGUCCAGUGACAGUACCAAUCAAGACAUUGACAAUCCAUGCCACUGGCGCGGCAUUCAAACAACGAGCACAGUUCCUCAAGGCAGUGGUCAGAGCCGUGCCAAAUGCAGAUGCAUACGAUAUCAACAUCACCAAGGGGGAUGUGAUUUGGACGACACAACUACGCAAGCUUGAUCAAUGGUGCUCCAUCGUUGUGUCUGAUCGACACAACAUUCAAUUCUUCAAAAUGGAUGUAUAUGGAGAGAAGAUGGUCAACAUGGAGGAGAUGGUACACCGGCUGACCAACGAGAAUGAUUCGCUCAAGACCCAGUUGGCUGAAUCAAAUGCCAAAUUGGCUAAAGCUCUUGCCAAGAUCGCAGAGUUGUUUGGAGAUGCAUCCCUUGAGAGUAUCCCUGAACCACCUGUAGUUGCUGCUACCAAGAAGUCACCUUUGUCAAAGAACAAAAGAAGAAAGAAAUAA